AUGGAGUCCACUGGACCCCAUCACCGUCACAAUAUCUCCAGAUCUUCACGGCCUCGUAGCUCAACCAGGGGCCCUUUGGAUGUACCAGACGAUCCCCUAGGAUCCGAAAAUUUGAAAGGAUCAUCUUUGCAGCAGGGACAGACUGUUUCCCAUAGUGAAUAUUCAGGAGAAUCAUUUGCUGCACUAGACCCGCUGGCACCUGAGCAACCACUAUCAACAGAGAAGGAUCUCUCGUUUCUUCUUCGAUACGACAUUUAUCACUCCCUCUCGCAGAUUGAUAUUCCACCUGCGUUGCGCUCUGAAUUUAUCACUUUUAAACCAGAUGAACCGCUGUCCUUAACACUCGGUACCCUCGAGAGGCUGCUGGCCGAAGGUCACUUUCUUCUUGCAGCCUAUCUCUGUGGAGCGAUUCUGACAUCCUCUGUGGUAUCGCCUACUGAUGCAAGUUUGAUUUUCGGACUCAUUUACACCCGAUUAGCAUGUCUUGAACUAUCAGGGAAUGCUCUUCUUGCAGCACAAGAAUCAAAAGCUCUUGAGGAUUUGAAUUCCGCUUUCUACUACGUUGACACUUACCCCCAACCCUCCAACGAUGAAGCCGACCAGAGUCAUCCAAAAGAACCAAAGAAUUUCCGUCAUAUAGUGCCAUGGCCUCUGCGACUUCUUGCGAUAAGGCUUCAGAGCAUAGGAUUUGGAGAUUCGCGCAGAGGCAUCGGUGGUCUAUACGAGAUCGGCCUGGAAGCACGAAGAGAGAUUAUGAGACCUGAGGCUAACCAGGACGAACGAAAAAUAUGGAGAGAAAGGCUAGCAGAUCUCAGAAUUCGAAGUGUGAAUGCUUUGAUAGAGAUGGGAGAUUUUGAUGCAGCCCGGAGAUCACUCCACAGUUUGCGAACAUCCGAACCGGAGAGUGAGAUUGAUAAAACGAGAAAGGCACUCCUGCUGUUCGCAAUUGGAGACCUCGAUGCUGCGAAGCAGGUGUUUACUGGGCCAGACGAAGCUAGAGAGACUAUACUCAAGCCCCUUCUGAGUAUGGCCGAGGGUCGCUACAACGAUGCCGUGACCGAAUGGCGGUCUCUUCUAGAAUCCGAGCCAAGGAGACCGGACGAAGCUAUGAUAUCGCAGAAUUUGGCAGUGUGUUUACUAUAUACAGGGCAGUUAAAUGAGGCACGCGAACAGUUAGAGUCCUUGAUCUCGGCCAACCACUCUUUCUGCAGCUUAGUAUUCAAUUUGUCAACAGUUUACGAACUCUGUUCCGACAAGUCCGGAAAAUUGAAGGCGGAGCUUGUAGAAAUAGUUGCUAAACAACCGAAUGCCGGACAUGCCAACUUGAAUCGACCCAAUGCGGACUUUAAACUGUGA